AUGAAAGAUGUAGUAUCAGCUACCAAUAAUUUUGAUUCCACCAAACUGAUUGGCUGUGGUGGAUUUGGGAAGGUGUAUAAAGGGGAACUCUCUUCCCCGAACGGACGAACCACAGUUGCUUUUAAGAAGUUAGAUCGUAGACAAGGACAAGGGAACAUUGAGUUUUGGAAGGAGGUCAUGAUGCUUUCCAAAUAUAAACAUGAAAAUCUUAUCUCACUCUUGCACAUUUGCAUCGAAGGUGAUGAGACGAUCCUCGUGUAUGAGUAUGCUUCUCGUGGUAGCCUCGAUAGAUAUCUAACCGAUGCUAGUACUCUCACUUGGAUCCGACGCCUGAAGAUAUGUGUCGGAGCUGUGCGUGGGUUACAUUUCUUACAUGAUCUCGAAGAGACGCAACAAAGAGUUCUUCAUCGAGACAUCAAAAGCGCAAACAUUCUUUUGGACGAGAAUUGGACGGCUAAAGUAUCUGAUUUUGGGCUGUAA